AUGAAGGGCCAUACCGUGUUAUUAUGUCACUUAUUAUUAGGAGUUCAGUAUGUGAUGUGUAGUGAUCAUGAACUUUACGAGUAUUUAAAUAUGACGGAGCCUGCGAAUCGACAACUGUACGAAUUCAAAUUACAUCAUAAGAAACCUAUAGGGAUACUCACCACAGGUGCAGGACAGCUUGUAGAGAUCAGAGAGACAGUCACAUUAAACUCGGAUGCAUUUUCCAAUCAGUACUUUAUUAACUUACUAACUCACAACAAUGCUGAAAGAAUUCCUGAAAGAAAUGUACAUGCAAAAGGUGGCGGGGCAUACGGAUAUUUUGAAGUGACUCACGACGUAUCUGAGUACAUAAAGAGCGAUGUCUUCAACGGAAUUGGAAAGAAAACACCGAUAGUGUCUCGAUUUUCGCCGGUCACCCCAAACCUUGGGGGAAGCGAUCUUGUCAGAGAGCACAGAGGCAUGGCCGUUAAGUUUUUCACUAAGGAAGGAAACCUUGAUUUGGUAUGCAUUAGUUUUCCCGUAUUUUUCCAUAAAGACCCAAUAGAUUUUCCGAGCUUCGUUCAUUCAAGAAAGAGGAACCCGAAGACUAAUCUCAUGGACUUCUCAAUGCAUUGGGACUUCGUUACUAAAAGACCGGUAACUAUGCACGCACAAUUGUGGCUGCUGUCCGAUUUCGGAAUUCCAAAUGGCUAUCGAAAAAUGAAUGCGUUUGCUGUUCACACUUUUGAAGUCUAUAACAAAUUCGGUAAACGAUAUUUCGUGCGAUUUAAUUUUAGGACUAAUCAGGGUAUAGAAAAUCUUUCAACCGAACAAGCAGAAGAAAUUCAGGCUCGAGAUCCUGAUUACUUCAACAGAGACUUGUAUAAUGCUAUUGAAAAGAAACACUUCCCAUCGUGGACAUUGGAAAUGGAUGUUCUGCUAUUAGAAGACGUUACUAAAUUGGAUUAUGAUCCAUUCGAUAUUACGAGAUUGUGGAAAAAGGGUACUUAUAAGACUGUUCCUAUAGGUUGCCUAACGUUAGUGCAGAAUCCAGACAAUUUCUUCAAAGAUGUGGAGCUUAGUGCAUAUGAUCCUGGACACUUAGUGCCUGGUAUAAUAGGCGGGGUGGACGACUUGUUUAGAGCUAGAAGGUUUGCUUACCGCGAUACUCAAGUCUAUCGUUUGGGCGUAAAUCACAACAGAAUUGAGGUUAACAAUCCAUUGUACAGGAAGGUUUACAAUCGUGAUGGUGUACCUCCAGUGAGAGAAAACAUGAAGGAUGCGCCAAAUUACUAUCCCAAUUCAUUUAACGGACCCGUUCCAUAUGUGGAUCCCAAUCGACCUAAGGAUAAGUUUGUUAUUUAUUCGUCCAAUGCAGUUGACUUGCAACCAGCAGCGGAUUUCUAUAACAAGAUAUUACAAUGUGAAGAUCAAAGGGAAAGGCUUGUGAAUAAUACGGUAACGCUGUUACUACCCGUGUCUCCAAAACUGCAGAGACGGGUUAUUCGACUCUUCAGUCUGACAGACGAAAACUUGGGUAAAAAAGUGGAAACAGGAUUGAAGAAAGCCUUACAUAUGCAUCCACAUCCACCAAUUAUCCACACGUUAAAAUUUAUAGUGCAUGAUAAACAUGCUAUAUGA